CCUCGAGUAAGCGGCGCAGAGAUCCAAAUAACUGCUGUAUCUUCCCAGAGAAAAUCCAGCUACAACCCUCGAAAAACAAACAAUGGCGUCUCACACUACGUACUACGACCGACGACUGCGGCAAGGCCCAGCCCUCGUCCGAGCCAGACGACCAUAUCUCUUCAAAAAUGCCGCCACGGGACUUGGCCUCUUUGCGCUUGUCUCGGGCAUCUACUAUUAUACAAUCAACGCCGUUGGCCAGGACGAUUUCGCAGACGUCAAGGUGCCCGACGAGCCACGAAAGCCAGCCCAGGCAAAAUAAACAAGAAAAAUAGGAUAAACUACGACAAGAUGGAAGAAUGAGUGGAGAAAUUCCAUGUCAAAAAAAAAAAAAUUCA